AUGUCUGAACAACCACGAGGGAGGGGGAAGGCCCGCGGGCGCGCCGGGCGAGGGUCGCAGGAGAGCGCGCAGCCGCCGCGGCGGCCCGGCGAGCCGGCGCCGCAGGCCGGGGCCGCCGGGGCCGGGGCCGCCGCCGCCGGGCCGCGGCCGCAGCCGCCGUCGGCCUGGGGGCCGCCCUCCGUGGCGCCGCCGGUGCGCGCCGGCGUGCCCGCCGUCGCCGCGCCCGCCGGCCGCGCCUCGCACAGGACCACUCCGUCCACCCACGCGCAUCCGGGGGAUGUUGACGUUCAGCAGAGAAUGCAGACGUUGGACAUAGGCCAGGGUGGGCCGGGAGCCUCGGGAGAGCCCGGCGGAGCGGUGAGCGGUCGCGGCUCGCGCCGUGGGGGCGGCAGGGUGCUGCCGGAGAACGUGAUGAUUCUCCGUACGCGCCCCGAUCAACUCCAGUCUAAAAAAGGAACAUUCGGCGAUCCGAUCGAACUGAUGGCAAACUAUUUCACCGUACAUUCGACGCCGCAGUGGCGCCUAUACCAGUACCACGUCGACGUGGAUCCCGAAGAAGACAGCACGGGCACCCGCAAGGGGCUGCUCCGGGUCCACGCGAACGCUCUAGGAGGGUAUAUCUUUGACGGCUGCGUGUUGUACACCGUGAAGAAACUGCACCCGAACCCAAUGGAGCUGUACUCGGACCGUAAGACGGACGGUCAAAGGAUGAGACUACUCAUAAAGCUAACGCAAGAUGUCGCCCCUGGAGACUAUCACUAUCUGCAGAUAUUCAAUCUUAUAAUCAGAAAGUGUUUCUACAAGCUGAAUUUGCAGUUGAUGGGCAGGGACUUUUUCGACCCAGAUGCUAAGGUUGACAUCCCAGAAUACAAGCUGCAAAUUUGGCCUGGCUACAAGACCACGAUCAAUCAAUAUGAGGACCGCCUCCUUAUGGUGACAGAGAUCACCCACAAAGUUCUGCGCAUGGACACGGUUUUGCAAAUGCUGCAAGAAUAUGCCCAAACCAAGGGCGCAAACUUUAAAAAAAUAUUCGUGGAAGACGUGGCGGGCAAAAUCGUGAUGACCGACUACAACAGGCGAACCUACCGCGUAGAUGACGUGGCCUGGAACGAGUCUCCAUCUUCCACAUUCCAAAUGAAGGACCAGACAAUAUCCUAUAUGGACUACUACAAAACUAAAUACAACAUUCGCAUCAACGACGCGCGCCAGCCGCUGCUGAUCUCCCGCUCGAAGCCGCGCGAAAUCCGCGCCGGCAUGCCCGAGCUCGUCUACCUGGUGCCAGAGCUCUGUCGCCAGACCGGCCUGUCGGACGAGAUGCGCGCCAACUUCCAGCUCAUGAAGGCCAUGGCCGUCCACACCAAGAUCGGCCCCGACACCAGGAUACAGAAGCUGCUCGCGUUCAACAGGCGCUUUACGCAGAACACGGAGGUGGUUGCGGAAUUGGGGACGUGGGACCUGAAAUUAGCCAAUGAUCUGAUCAAGUUCAAAGGCCGUCUCCUCCCGCCGGAGAACAUUACGCAGGGCGACGGACGGAAAUACGCCGCCGGCCUCACCACUGAAGGCUGGACCAAAGACAUGAGGUCUCGGCCUCUGCUCUCGUUCGGGCCGUGCCCCUCGUGGGUGGUGAUCACGCCGGAGCGGCAGCGCCGCGACGCCGAGAGCUUCGUGCAGCUGAUCAUGAAGACUGGCGGCGGGGCCGGCUUCAGAAUGCCACAACCGGAAAUUGUAUCCAUCCAGCGGGACGGGUCGAUGGAGUACGCAAACAUGUGCGAGAACGUCAUCGCCAAGAAAAAUCCGGCUCUAAUUCUGUGCGUCUUGGCAAGACAGAUGGCGGACAGGUACGAAGCGAUCAAAAAGAAGUGCACGGUGGACCGCGCUGUGCCCACGCAGGUGGUGUGCGGCCGCAACAUGACCAGCAAGUCGGCCAUGUCCAUCGCCACCAAGGUGGCCAUACAGAUCAACUGCAAGCUGGGCGGCGCGCCGUGGACGGUGGACAUCCCGCUGCCGAGCCUCAUGGUGGUCGGGUACGACGUGUGCCACGACACGCGCAGCAAGGAGAAGAGCUUCGGCGCGUUCGUGGCCUCCAUGGACCGGCAGCAGACGCGCUACAUCUCCUCCGUCAACGCGCACACCUCCGGCGAGGAGCUCUCCUCGCACAUGGGGUUCAACAUCACCGUCGCGCUCAAGAAGUACCGAGAGAUCAACCAAAAGCUGCCGUCGCAUAUCAUCAUUUACCGUGACGGGGUGGGCGACGGACAAAUCCCGUAUGUGCAUAGCCACGAGGUCGGUGAGAUCAAGAAAAAGCUGAACGAGGUGUACGCGGAGGCGCCGUACAAGCUGUGCUUCAUCAUCGUGUCGAAGCGCAUCAACACGCGCAUCUUCGUGGCGCGCGGCCGCGGCGAGAACCCGCAGCCCGGCACCGUCAUCGACGACGUGGUCACGCUGCCCGAGAGAUACGACUUCUUCCUUGUGUCCCAAAACGUGCGUGAGGGAACCAUCGCACCGACGUCUUACAACGUCAUCGAGGACUCGACUGGCCUGACCCCUGAUCAUAUCCAGCGGCUGACGUACAAGCUGACGCACAUGUACUUCAACAACUCGUCGUGCGUGCGCGUGCCGUCCGUGUGCCAGUACGCGCACAAGCUCGCGUUCCUCGCCGCCAACUCGCUGCACAACCAACCGCACUACUCGCUCAACGAGACACUAUACUUCCUGUAAACGCACCAACUACUCAUUAUAUU